GGGUGCUUCACUUGAACAGUUAAGUAUAACCGUCCUUCAGCACAGCCACGGAUGACACAGCUCUAUCUAAGUGCUCCUUAAGGUUUGAAGGUGUGUGCCUCCUCUUCAUUGGCAGGUGAAGCAGGGGAAGAUGUCUCGGAUCAUGUCCAGAAAAGGACAGCUGUUAAUUCUGCUGAGCUUUUCGAUUGGAUGUCUGUAUCUGCAAAGCAACCUUCAACAAAUACCGCAGUGCAUUUGUGGGGGCUGCCACAAAAAUGAUCCCUGGUUCUCUACCCGUUUUAAUACAUCAUAUCACCCUCUGAUGACAAGUAACACCAGUGUUGUGAGUGCAGAGACUUUUCAGUGGUGGAAGCGGAUGCAGAACACACGUUCAGGAUGGAAGGACUACAAAAGAGUUGUGGAUAAAAUUUUCCAAACCAUCCCAGACAAGGAGAUGCACAGGGAUGCUGGUCCUGAACGCUGUAGAGUGUGUUCAGUGGUCGGCAACUCUGGGAACCUCAUUAACUCUCAUUAUGGUCCUAUGAUUGAUGAUGGUGAUUUUGUCUUCAGAAUAAACCGAGGUCCCACCAAAGGCUUUGAGCAGGAUGUUGGAUCAAGAACUACUCAUCGCGUUAUUUACCCUGAAAGUGCUGUUGACAUGGGCAACUCCACUCACAUGGUCUUUUUUGCCUUCAAGCUGGCGGAUCUGAAAUGGUUGGUUAGUUUGUUCACCACACACACUAUCAAACAACAAAACAAGGUUGUGAAAAUAACAACCAAAGCAAACAUGAGCUUGGUGAUGGUUGUAAGCCCUGGUUUCAUGAAGUAUGUUCAUCACCAGUGGCUGAAUAAACAUGGCCGAUAUCCAUCCACUGGAUUCAUGACUGUCAUUAUGGCUUUUCAUAUCUGUGACAAGGUCCGAGUGUAUGGAUUUGGAGCCGACAAGGAUGGCAACUGGAAUCACUACUUCGAGCGGAUACGGCCAGCUUACAAAACAGGCAUACACGGGGGGACCUUUGAGUAUGUCACCCUCAAGGAACUUCAGAAAAGGAACAAACUUGAACUGUAUGAAUGACCUCUGGAAACAGAGUUACAGUGCAUUCAAGUCUUACCAAUGUUAUUUAGGACUAUUAUCUCUAUUUCUCUGUGAGUGUGCAUACGUAUGUGUGUGCGUGCAUGCAUGCGUUUAUCUGCCUGCCUGCCUGCGUGUAUGCCUGUGUACGUGCGUGUGUGCGUGCGAACAUGAGCACUUUCUCAUGAACUCUGAAUAACUGGUGCCUUCCUGGCAGCGUCCAUAGCUGGUGUGUUAAUGUGGGAAUGAAUGUGUAUUUGAAAGCACUUUGAAUCAACUGUAUAACUGUGCUAGAUAUAUUUUUAUUGAUUUUGAUUUGAUUGAUUGAAAUAAGUUAUUUACUGGAUUCAAUGUCAUUUGAUGGCAACACUUACGCAACACAACAUUACACAACACAAUCAGUAUAGCCUAAAUUAAUUAUGGGAGACCAACAAUGAAAAAUAAUCAAACAUGAUCAUGAUUAAACAUUUUUGCAAUCAUAAUAAUUAUAUCUAUUGUAAAGAACACCACUUUGAGUCAACUUAAAUUAAAGCAAG